UCUUUCAUAUCAGCGAAGAAUAAUUUUCAGAAAACGAAUGGUUAAAUUACUACACACCUUUAUUGUGUUAGUGUUCCCACACCGCCAACAUCGCUUGUUUACUGAAGACAGAUGGAAGACAUUGGCGGCUAUCUUGCGAGCAACGAACAUCUGUGUAAGCGUAACAUGGGAGGAUGUCUAGCUUGUCAAUCUGUGCAAAACUAAGACAAAACAAAAUGAAUGUUGGUGUAGCCCACAGUGAGGUGAACCCCAACACUCGGGUCAUGAACAGUCGAGGGAUCUGGCUGACCUAUGCCCUCGGUGUUGGAAUGCUUCACAUUGUGCUCUUGAGCAUACCCUUCUUCGGUGUACCUGUGGUGUGGACUCUCACAAAUGUUAUACACAAUUUUGGGAUGUAUGUCUUCAUGCAUGCAGUGAAAGGCACUCCGUUUGAGACCCCAGACCAAGGCAAAGCCCGGCUCCUGACACAUUGGGAACAGUUGGAUUACGGCGUGCAGUUCACAUCAUCCAGAAAAUUCUUCACUAUCUCCCCAAUCAUUUUAUAUUUUCUUGCCAGCUUCUACACAAAGUACGACACAACACACUUUGUCAUAAACACUGCUUCCCUUUUGAGCGUGCUGAUCCCCAAAUUGCCACAACUACAUGGAGUCCGAAUCUUUGGCAUCAACAAGUAUUAAUCUGAGUGUUAAGAGGGUCAGUGGUGUGUGACCAACUCUCAAAGGAGCUCUUGCCUCAUAGCAAGAUGAAUAGUUAACCCUAUGUACUCUGUACCACUGGAGUGUGUACUAAGCAGUUUUGUACAGUACGUGCAAUUAUCACUCAUUGUUUAGAUACGUCAGGUUAAACUAGUGGGAGAAUGAGCGAGAAUGCCAUGUGCAUUACUAACUUAAGUAAAUAUUUAAUGUUGUAUUUUUUUGAUCUGCAUAGACCUGGGCUGGCCCAGGGUUCAAACGUGGGCCUUUUUUUGUUCUGUUCUGUUUUUUUGUUAUUUGCCCUCACUUCACACAGUGACAUGGACUGCGUUCCUUGUCACAAUGUAUUUUUCUGUUCUUAACCGGAAGCCUUAAAAAUACCAGAUGUAUUUUUAAAGAUGAUUUCUUCAUAAAAGUAUGGGCCUAUGGUUCAUUGUUUGACACACACUUAAGAAUGACACCCUUCUAAAAAUGAUUACUGGAAAAAAACUGGGGCCUCAGAACUGUUGUGUAAAUUUUACACUAAAUCUGAAUGUGCCAUUUCUGAAGUCUGUGCACGCACAAAUAUUGAGAUUUAUAAACUUGGCACGUGCCAAUCAUACGCAUGUUUCCCCUUAGAAAUCAGACCUGUCGUAAAACUGCGUGCGUGAACAAGCAUUAUAACUCUGCCUGAAAAACGCCCCAUCGUUCACCUUUUAUGGUGACAAUUAGUGCCCUUUCUUACUUUGGAAGUAUUGGCAUUAGGCCAAGAUCAUAUCUGGAAAUGGCGAAUGUGAUCAAAUGUUUUUGGAGGUGUUGGCAGAAUGUUUUCUUUUGCAGUGACUGUUGCGGUAGCCUAUCUGACUGUUUCUGGAAGACAAACAUUUGCUAAUUGUCGUGGACCUGUAAACAGAUUUGAAUUAAUUCAAUCAUGUUUGGCUUUUGGCUUUUUACUUUUUCCCCCAAUCUAAAUAUGGUGUACUGCCCCCGAGUUCUGAAACUGACUCCUUGAAAUAGAAAUAAGCUAGUAGGCCUAAUUAGUGGUAGCUGACACACACGUCAAUGCAAAAUAUCAACCUGUCUGCUCACCUGUUUAAAUUCAGCUGUAUGUUAUAAACCACGCUCCCUUUCGGAUGAAUAGAGCAAAAAACUUAAUUAUACUCGCCUAUAUUAAUAGGCCCAAUUAAAUGAGAUGCGCGUUGGUAAUUUGUUGUAUGGCUGCUUCAGGAAAAUGAACUCGUGGCCAGAAAAGGUGAGCAAUUUAAUUUGCAAUAGUUCUGUAUAAAUGCAAUGUUUGUCUUGGAAUUUGACAUUAGUGUUCAGACGUGUCUCACAAACGUCAACGGGAAGAGGUGAACCCUCUGCUCUUCCAUUAACCUGCACUUAAGAGCAGAUCACAGCAAAAUACUUAACGUAGCUUAUCUAUUUACUACUGUGAAGUGGGUCCAAUUAAAUGAGGGAUGGGAUGAAUGGUAGCCUAUCCUAACUUGUAUGAAACCAUCAGUCAGAAAAGGUGAGGAAUUUAUUCUACAAUGGUCAUGUAAUUGAGGUAAAGAAUAAAUAUAUUUCUAUAAUUUUAGAUCAAAUAAAGGGAUUUUUGCUCUUCUCACUAAUGGUAAAUGAUUGCAUCUUAUUAUAUUUAGUUAGGCCUACCUAUUUUUUUGUGUGUGUUUAAAAAACACAACCUUUUUUGUUAUAAGAGUGUCAUUAUGUAUUCCUGCACAAGGCCACUACUAGGCUACUUCUGCCUUCUUACAAUGCAAUACUGAAACCACUAGAGACCAUGCGUACGCAUGGUCUAAAGCAGCAGUGGCAAACUAAUUGUGCCCCGGGGUCAGCAUUCAGUUUUCAACGAGUUCCAAAGGGCUACACUGAAAAUGUCAUAUUGAUCCUUGCCAUCAAAAUUAGCACACAAAAAAGUCCUAUAUUCAGUUUUUGGAAUUUUCAAUGCUCCCUGACUGUCUUGUGAUAUAUUAGUGAGAUGGACAGUCAAGAAACUGUAUGAAUGUAGAUCCAUUGACUGCACAGUGAUUAGUGAGCAGGACAGUCAAACUAUAUAAAUAUAGGUUCAUUAUAAUUUAAAUUUUAAAGUAUAUUGAGUUGUUUUUACUGGGACCACCUUUGUGAGCUGUAUGUUUGACACCCCUGGUCUAAGAUUUGCGGGAGGAUAAGCACAUCAAGUUACAUUUUUAUUAAUGCCAACUUGUGUGAAUACUGGCACAUGCAUGUUUUGGGCAUAUUUUGUGUGUAUGUGACACUUGAGGCCCCUGAACAAUAUGAAAUACUAAUUUUAGCAUGAUUUCCUUUGUAUAUUAAUCAUUUAUCCUUGUUACUCAAUCAUAUAGGGCAGACAUUUUUGCAAUGUAUAUAGCUUGUCUAGGUUCAUGUUUUAUGUGAAGAUCAGAUGAUUUGUCAUACGUUGUUAAGUGUUGUCAGAUAAUUGUUUACUGAGACAGGUCUAUGGUAUGGCUAUGUACCUACACAUGACUGCCAAAAUAAAAUAAACACUUGAGUAAAUAAGGGAUGUAAA